AGUGCGUCCUGCGCUCCCCCGUCCGGCAGGCUGGCCCGCGCCGCCCCACCGCGCCGAGCUGGGGAGGGGAAGGCCCCUGGUGUGUACAAAAGGACCGAAGUUACCUUCCUCCUUGCCAAAACGAACGAAGGCGAUUUCCUGGUCGACCUUGGCUACAGCAGCACAUUUUUGAUGUCGCUGGAACAGCGCCGCCCAAGCGGACGACUGCAGAUCCAUGUCCAUCCCAGAUGAAGACGGCUGGGUACGUUCCGCGAAUACCUUGCCAGCCUAGCUGCGAACGGAACCACACUUUGCCACGACACCGCUCACCCACCAUCAACCACCUCGCCCCACCCUCUGCUCCUUCUCGACAUCUACGCAUCCACCUCUGCGCGGCGCGGGCCCUCUGGCUGCUGGCGGCCGCAGUCGCCGCUGCCACCGCUGCCCCCCAGCAGCAGGUCACCCAGCCCGACGCCGCUCCGGCCCUCAUCUCCUCGACGUACGCGCCGCCCAUCCCCGUGCUGCGGCGCUCGGAGGUGCACGACCCGGCAGGGCAGUAUGAGCUGUCGUACGAGACGGGCAACGGCAUCACCGUGGAGGAGCAGGGCGCGCUCAAGAGGAACUUGGACGGCGAGUUCAAGGACGACGUGGUGCUGGUCAAAAGAGGCUCCUACUCCUACCGCGGCGCCGACGGCCGCAUCUACCGCGUCACGUACAUCGCCGACGAGACGGGCUUCCACGCCAGCGGCGAUCACCUCCCCGUCGCACCGGAACCCACCAGCUCCGGUCCCAUCCGGACGUUCUGAAGAGGCUCCCGUCCCCCCGGCACCCACCUGUGUCUUGCAGCCUCUGUGAUACCCACAUCAGAAUAUGAAUAAUCAUUAAAUAUAUACAACAAAACGAAGCCACAUAUAAAUCAAUUGAACCAGUCUCUCAAUUGUGGAAAGAAGGGUAGUCUAUUAUUGCACUGAGACAGAUUGGAACUAAAAGAAUAACACCACGCCCGUUCAAGGUGCCCCUGUUGCCUACUUUAACACCUUCACACUGAUGGGUGAACGGCGAUGCCUUUGUUUAGCUUUCAUUCUAACAGAACACCCAAUCGUCAUUUCAAUGUGCCUGAGUUAAACAUCUCCAUUCGAAUAUUAAUUGGGAGUUUUCCAUUCUGAACUUCGACCAAUACCUUUGGAUCAAAUUUAAAGCAAG